AUGCAAGACGAAUUGAAAGUCAUGCGAGCUAAGCUGGAGAAGAUCGAAACAAACCAAGCACUGAUUUUGAACAUUAUCUCUCCACAGCAGCCACCACAAGCACCACCACCUCCACAAGAUGGCAAGGGCAAAGGACUUCUCACAAACCGGAAAGCCAAUGGCGCCACCGAUGGCGAUACGGUGGCGAGCAGUCCUAUCAUAAUUGUGACUGAUUUAGUAACAUUUACCUCCAAUUCUAGGGUUUCUCAAAACGCCAAUGCUUCAGAGAUAAAAAAAGCAUACUACAAACUCUCAUUGAAAUAUCACCCAGACAAAAACCCGGAUCCGGAGUCCAGAAAACUGUUUGUGAAAAUCGCAAAUGCUUAUGAGAUUCUGAAAGAUGAAGCUACUCGGGAGCAGUAUGAUUAUGCAAUUGCACAUCCAGAGGAGGUAUUUUACAAUACAGCUCGUUACUAUCACGCAUAUUAUGGUCAUAAAACGGAUCCUCAAUAUGUCCUGGUUGGUCUUCUUCUGAUUCUCUCAGGAUUUCAAUAUCUGAAUCAGUGGACAAGGUAUAAUCAGGCUGUAGCCAUGGUCAAGAAGACACCUGCUUACAAAAAUAGGUUACGAGCACUGGAACUUGAACGCAGUGGAGGAACUACAACCAAGAAGAAGGGUAGCAAGCAGAUGGACAAGAAAGUGGAGGAAGAUCUCAGCAAAGAACUUGAACUGGACAUAAAGGGAGCUCAAAAACCUGUCAUCUGGGAACUUAUUGGUGUUCGAUUUGUCCUCUUACCUUACACUAUAGGCAAGCUACUAUUGUGGCAUGGCUGCUGGUUCUGGAGAUACAAAGUGAAAAAGGCUCCAUAUUCUUGGGAGGAUGCAUCCUACCUAACGCAAAGGUCCCUGAGCGUGCCUCUUGAUGCAUGGAGAAGUGUUGAUGAAUCAAUGAAGGAUGAUCUUGUUCAGAGACGAUUGUGGGAUAAGUCCAACUUAGAGAGGUACCUCGCAGAAGUGCGCAAAGAAUCUAAGCGCAGAAGAUAGCAGAUUUUGCUGCUAUGCUUUCUCAUGUUCUUCAAAUCCUGACAACAUGACUGUUUUCGGUAGAAGUUGAACGAUAUAUUAGAGUUCACCCAUAUUGAAAUAAAAAAUAGGUGAUUUCUUUAGUUGAUUUAUAUCCGAAGGCAGAGCAAAGAUUGUUGUUGCCAUUUACCAAUUAUAUACCUGUAAACAUAUAAGAAAUUUUGAGGACGAGCAUAUUAUGGGUGCUGUUGCAUUAACAUUGCACACUUUGGUGGCAGUGAGCUAUUGUGAAAUUAUUUUUGGCA